UCACCAUGUUCACCACCAUCGUCUUAUGUGCGCAGCAUUGCGCCCGAAGCACGUAGGGCGCAAGUUAGCUUUAGCUCCCUCAAAUCGCAAAUUAGCCCCGACCCACACCCACCUUCUGCUACUCGAAAACAAUCCCUUAUUCCGCAGACUCCCUCUCUCUCUCUCUCUCUCUCUCUCUCGAAAAAGAAAAAAAAUACAAAAGCAAAAAGAAACGAAAACAGAACUGUUUUCUUUGUUUUCGUUUUCAGUGUUUUCUCUGGUUUGCGAAAUACUUUAUGAUUGCGAAAUAUUAAAAACAUAUGCUUCUUUUUUUCAUGUUAUUUCGUCGACUCUCGGAGAGAGUUUAGGAGCUUCCCGGAGGAGAUCAACAAUCAGUGCUCUGCGAUUCGAUUCAUAAUUUUCUUCAUAUGGGGAGAUUGGGAUUCGGGUUUUGAUGUUGUCCAUUUGCUUCACGGGAAGAUUGAAAAUUUCUCAGUUGGGUCAACAAAAUUGCUCUGCUUCGGGUUGAAAUUUAUUUAGGGUUUUGGGGAGCUUUGGGGGUUUCUGGGAAAUUGGGGAUUUGAAGGCGAAUGCUCCGAUUGUGAUUGGGGAAGAUGAUCAUAAAACGGAGCUUGAAAUCACAAAUGCCGAGCAUCAAGCGGUGCCGGGUUGGGGAGUCUGCGGGCGAGGAUGACGAGGGUUCGGCAAAGAGGAAGAAGCGGAAGGUUAAUAAUAAUAGUAAUGGGUAUUACUACCCUCUGAAUCUUCUCGGGGAGGUCGCCGCUGGCGUAAUCCCGGCCACGGGACUGUUCGGAGACGGGAAAGGGUUCAGUGCGUCUUGGUGCGCCCAAGUUUCGUGCUGCCCCGGCGAGGCGGAGUCAAAAUCGAAGAGCGGGAUUGGUGGGGUGAGGGAGAGGAGUCGGCCGCCGCUGGUGAGGACCUCGAGAGGGAGAGUUCAGGUUCUCCCCUCGAGAUUUAAUGAUUCCGUUAUUGAUAAUUGGAGGAAAGAGACCAAAUCUGGUGAAAUUGAUAAUAGGGAUGAAGAUUAUAGAUUUAAAACCCCGAGAAUUUACGGUGAAUUGGGGAGAAAACGGAGUAAGGAGUAUAAAUUAGCUUCUGGGUGUCGGAGAUUAUCGGCAUUGUGUGAAGAUGAAGGGGAGGAAAUGGGGUGCGUUGGGUAUAAUAAGAGUUUUGAUUUUAGGAAGUACUGCAGUUCCCGAAGCUCGCUAACAUCACUACACGAGCAGCAGCAAGUGGGUCAAGAUGAGAAGAGCCUACUUGUGGAAAUUGUGGGUAAUGAGGAACCCAUUGAAUUGAAGAAGGAAGAACAGCACGGUGAGAGGAACAACAGGUUUUAUGGGGCAGAGGACUUCGUUUCGGGAGAUAUAGUAUGGGCAAAAUGUGGGAAGAAGGAGCCUGCAUGGCCAGCCAUUGUCAUUGAUCCAAUGUCGCAAGCGCCAAAGCAAGUUUUGAGCGCCCACGUAGCUGGAAGGGUUUGUGUGAUGUUUUUUGGCUACUCUGGAAAUGGAAAGCAGAGAGAUUAUGCAUGGAUCAAACGUGGAAUGAUAUUUCCAUUCAUUGAAUACGUGGACAGGUUCCAGGGAGAGGCCUACUUGAAUGGUAACAAGCCUUGUGAUUUUCAGAUGGCAAUUGAAGAGGCAUUUUUGGCAGACCAUGGCUUUACAGAGAAGUUGACAGAGGACAUAAAUGUGGCAGCCGGGAAUUCAUCUUAUCAUGAAUUCAUCUGCAGAGGGAUCCAAGAAGCUACUGAUUCGAAUCCAGAUCAAGAAUAUCAAUCUCAGGAAAUAUUUAGGAAGAAGAAAGGCCUACGAUCCUGUGAAUCCUGUGGCUUGAACCUUCCUUUUAAAACGACAAAGAAGGUUUCUGCUCCUGAAGACCAAUUUUUGUGCAAACCUUGUGCUAGGUUAAUAAAAUUAAAACAUUUUUGUGGUAUAUGCAAGAAGAUUUGGAAUCAUUCAGACAAUGAGAGUUGGGUGCGCUGUGAUGGUUGCAAAGUUUGGGUGCAUGCAGAGUGUGACAAAAUUUCUAGCAACCUUUUCAAGGAUCUGGGUGGCACUGAUUAUUAUUGCCCUGACUGCAAAGCGAAGUUUAAUUUUGAAUUAUCAGAUUCGGAGAAAUGGGAACCUAAACUGAAAUAUAACAAAAAUGAUGGUCAAGUGGUGCUUCCUGAUAAGAUUACUGUUGUCUGCUCAGGCGUGGAAGGCAUAUAUUUUCCAAGCCUUCAUUUAGUUGUGUGCAAGUGUGGGUUGUGCGGAACAGAAAAGCUGGCACUUAGUGAAUGGGAGCGGCACACGGGUUCCAAAGCGAGAAAUUGGAAGAUUAGUGUUAGGGUGAAAGGUUCCAUGUUACCACUAGAACAAUGGAUGCUGCAAAUAGCAGAUUAUCAUGCACGCGGCCUUGUAUCUGUUAAUUCCUUGAAACGACCUUCUAUGAAAGUACGUAAGCAGAAGUUGCUUAGCUUUCUACAAGAGAAAUAUGAGCCUGUUUUGGCUAAGUGGACCACAGAACGGUGUGCUGUAUGUAGAUGGGUUGAAGAUUGGGACUACAACAAGAUAAUUAUCUGCAACAGUUGUCAGAUUGCUGUCCAUCAAGAAUGCUAUGGAGCAAGAAAUGUUCGAGAUUUCACUUCAUGGGUCUGCAGAGCAUGCGAAACACCUUAUAUCAAGCGGGAGUGUUGUCUUUGUCCAGUAAAAGGAGGUGCUCUAAAACCGACUGAUGUUGAGACAUUAUGGGUUCACGUCACAUGUGCCUGGUUUCAACCUGAGGUUGCUUUCUCAAGUGAUGAGAAGAUGGAACCUGCUGUUGGGAUCUUGAGUAUUCCAUCAAGUUCUUUUGUAAAGAUUUGCGUAAUUUGCAAGCAAAUUCACGGUUCCUGCACACAGUGUUGCAAGUGUUCCACUUAUUACCACGCAAUGUGUGCAUCAAGAGCAGGUUAUCGCAUGGAGUUGCACUGCUUGGAGAAAAACGGGAGACAAAUUACGAAAAUGGUGUCAUAUUGCGCUUAUCAUAGGGCUCCAAAUCCAGAUACCGUGUUAAUCAUACAGAGUCCUCUGGGGGUUUUCUCAACCAAAAGCCUGCUUCAGAAUAAGAAGCGGGCUGGUUCAAGAUUAAUUUCAUCUAACAGAACAAAACUUCAAGAGGCUCCAAGUAUAGAGGUGAAUGAGUUUGACCCAUUUUCUGCUGCAAGAUGCCGUGUCUAUAAAAGACCGAACAACAAGAGGACAGGAGAAGAAGCCAUUGCCCACCGGAUUGGGGGACCUUGCCACCAUUCUGUUGGCACCAUCGAAAGCCUGAACAAAUUCAGAGAAACAGAGGAGGAGCCCAAAACCUUUUCUUCUUUUAGGGAACGGCUUUGCCAUUUGCAGAGGACCGAAAAUGAUCGGGUCUGCUUUGGUAGAUCUGGAAUACAUGGAUGGGGGCUUUUCGCACGUCGAAACAUUCAAGAAGGAGAGAUGGUUCUUGAAUAUCGCGGUGAACAGGUUAGGCGCAGUGUUGCAGAUCUAAGGGAGAUACGCUAUCGAUUAGAAGGCAAAGACUGCUAUCUGUUUAAGAUCAGUGAAGAAGUAGUUGUAGAUGCCACGGAUAAAGGAAACAUUGCACGUCUAAUCAACCACUCUUGUGCUCCGAACUGCUAUGCAAGGAUUAUGAGUGUUGGUGAUGAUGAAAGCCGGAUUGUGCUGAUUGCCAAAAUUAAUGUUUCAGCUGGUGACGAGCUAACGUAUGAUUACUUGUUCGAUCCAGACGAAUGUGAUGAAUUCAAAGUUCCCUGUUUAUGUAAAGCCCCAAACUGCCGGAAAUUCAUGAAUUAGGAUUACACACAUAGUAUUAGACCCAAUUGUUUCUCCGCAAGGAGCACUAACCAACCCCAUCAUCAUCCCCUUCUCCGGUGGGAUCUCACAGUUGUUAACAGAGUUCUUUUUAUUUUUUUUUUUGCAAACGAAUUUGUAUUGUAAUUUUUUUCACCCUUGGAUGAGCUUCAAGCUUAUCAAUAAAAGAUAUAAUAGAUGUGCCUGCAGUUUGGAGUCGGGCAUUUGUGUAAAUUGAUUCUCACGAUAAUGCUUUUUCUCUUCAAUAGAAAGAACCUCAAUCCAUUUCCAUUUCCA